GCUUUAUUGCAAUUAAUGUCGCAUCAAAUCUUCCAUUGGGUCUUGAACUAGAGAAGCUUAUUAUUUGUGCAAGAUUUACCAAAAAUAUUCAAGAACAAAAAGAUUUGUUUAUGAGAAUAUAUGAAAAGAGUUUUACUGAUUAUAUGGUUAAACAUCCAGAUAUAUUUGAUAAAUAUGCAGAAAUUGAAGUUACAGCUAAUUAUCCAUUUAAGAUUUUUACAAUGAAAGAACCAAAUAUUUUACCAAUAUCAAAAACAAUCAAGGUCCCAACCUUACUAAUUCAUAGUGAAGAUAAUAAUUUUAUUCCAAUUAAAAAAAGCGAACUUCUUGCUUGUGAAAUUCCUAACAACAAAUUUAUUUUGAUUCUCCAAGCUGGAUAUAU